UGAUCCCUAGUAUGCACACUACAUGCAGAAGAUGGCGAUUUGAGACGCGUCCUUGCGUCUCAGGUUUUUUGUUACGGAAGCUGAGUUAGCCAUGCGCAAAGAUUUAUUAAUGUAAGCGCAUAAAAAACAACUAAAAAAAAACCCCGAAGUGAGCGAUAGUGUCUGGAAAACAGCACAGAACUAAGAAAAAAACGCGUUUAGGUUUUAAUUUUUGACGGAGAAUUGUGUUGUUUUUCGAUAGUUUAUUUACACGCGCUGUGUUUGGCCAUUAAACACGAGCCACAUUCCUCGCUUAGCUGGAAAAUAAACAAACGCAAUGCUAGCGGCUAAUGGACUGUAGAUAACGAGCAACGCGGCGCGAGCCAGACUGAAGAUUAUGAAGAUUGAUUAUGAAGACUGAUUCAGACUGAGAAGGUUAAACUAUGGAGCUCUACUGGUACAUAGUUGUCAUAAUAUUUAUUAUGAUAAAGAUCUUCUUCUACGUCUGCUGGUACCGCUCAAGACAGAGGCAGCUGGCCGCAUAUCUCAGUAAUCCACGCAAUGCCCAGAUCGUUAUUGUGGGAGGAAGAGCCUAUCUGCACCAGAUGUGCGAGAACCAAAACACGUCAAUCUGGCCGAAUUGGUACGGAGUUCAGGACGAUGGCUCCGUAGGCGAACCGUCCGUUUCUCUUCCUCCAUCUUCAUCCCUCUCUCAUCUGGAUUUACCCCCUCCAUACGAGGCUGUUUCUGGAGCGGACGACCUGAAGCCUCCUCCGUACAGCGAGUUUGCUCAGAAUGACGACACGGACACGUCUCAGAGCAUUGCAAUCCCAGAAGGCAACAAUUCGAGCAUCAGCGAUGACCCGCCUCCAUACACCCCCACUGCCAAUCAGCACACCAGCGUUCAGUGCCAAGCGGAGCCUGAGGGGGGAUCCAGCUAGUCUCUUCCAAUGUCAGUUCUCAGUUUUGUUCACAGCAAGGGCUGUAUUUCUCCAUGCAGUUGCUCAGCGUUUAGUUAGGGACUCAUUCUUUUGUCAGUUUUACUCUUAAUAAAGGUGCAUGAGGUGGAUUCUAGACAUCGUAAAAGAUUAGGGGAAUUUGGUGGUUUAAAAAAAAAUUAAGAAAAAGAAAGUGGCCUAAUAAUGUUCUAGAAAUGUUUCUCUUCUAGAAGAAUGAUGAGAUGGUGAGCUGCUUUGGUGUUAAUGGGUGCUUUAAGCUCACUCAUGCCUUAUUUUGAUUUCCUCUUAUAUAACCAGCAUCAUGAUGAUAACACACUUGUGUACCAUGUUUUCUAGACAGUAUGUCGCACCGGGUAUAAGUAUGAAUUCUUUCCGCUUAGAGCAAACAUUCAUAUAUACGUUGCUUUGUUGUGUAAGUCACUGUAAUGUAUCCAUCUUCUUAUUUUACAUAUAGUAUGUUCUGCUUCUAAAACAGCACUUAAGCACACCUAAAGCCUUGUUUUUGCUACUGAAAAUGUCAUAACACAUUUUCUUUUACUUUUAAACUGAAACCUCCUUAUUUACUCAAUAAGGACCUUUUGUUGGUGUGAACACUGCUGCUCUGAUAGUAAUUUCUGCUAGCAACGAUCUGUCCAUCACCAUUGGAAGUAUCAAGGUAAUAGUAGUGUGCCCUCCAAUAACCGUACUGUAACAAGUGAAAUAGAACGCCUACCGUAAAACAAACUCAUCACUGUACAAGUUACACCAUCUGCAUCUGAUGGUCUGGAAAAUAUGGUUACACACACAGAAAAACACACACACCCCACUGCGUUGACCUUGUCCUAUAUGCAUUUCAACUUUCUGAGAUUUAAUGACUGCUUUAAUGCAGGGGUGGACAAAUGAUAAAUAUAUUAGCUAGCCCUCCUGGCAAGUGGAAGCUCCAGUGUGUUGCCCAGAUUCAUAUUUAGGUUGCCCAGAAACCUAAUUGACUAGGUUUAAAAAUGGUAGGUAACAUGAUUUAAUAACAUAUGGAUAGUUAGUUAUGCUCAUUAAUACAAAAUAAGGGAAACGAAACAAUUACAUGACACAGGGAGUCCUUAUCUUCAUCUAAUAAAGUUUUAAUGUAUUAAAAGUCACCAGGUUGUUGUUGAACAUUUUGGCUAUGAACUAGCGUUCUCGUCUCAAAUCACAGUAUAAAUAUUACUUGACUGAUUAUUACUUGGCUGGCAGUGUUCCUACAUACUCGCUUAUUCCUGAUUUAAAAAAAAAAGCUGUCUUCUGUAAUCUGCCUAGUUAAAAAAAUCAUUCUACCACCAGCCAGAUUGCUGCUUGGCCGAUGUGUGUAGUGCAGCAGGUGGAGGGAUUUGGAAGCAUGUGCUAUUUACAGCAUCGCUGUGCGUUGUAUCAGUGCAUUACUUUUAAGCAUACACAUGAAAUUAAAACUUCAGUAGUCAGUAAGAAGUAUGGUUUAUUUUUGCUUUCUCUGGUUGUUGAACCUGCUUGUUGGACUGCUGGGCAACUAUGACUUUAAAAAAAAAAAAAAAAAAAAAAAAAAAAAGACCUAAAUGCCUGGACAUAAAAUCUGUUAGUCCCAGGCACCUGGGCCCCUGGGCCCCUGAUUUGUCCACCCCUGUAGUGUGUCCACCUUGAAUUAAGUGUACAUAAGUGUGUAGAUUGACCAGUGCCAUGUUAGAAUAAGAUUUUUCAGAUGUAGACGUGUUGAGAAACAUUUGUUCUCGUCUCUAUAAAUGCCCAAAGGGAGAGGAUUCUGUGCAGAGGUUUAACCUCAUGUUUAUGCAUAACCUCGCUUUGUAUGUGAUGACAAUUUCUAAAACUAUCCCUAAGCACUUUUAUGUCUUGUAAUUGCCUUACUUCUGUCUGUGUGUACUGUAAGUAGGCAUGUGCCGAUAAUAGGGUGUACAGUAUAGCUCAAUAUUCAAGUUAUCAUGGACUCUUAAAGCUAUCAGAACCAUCCUCGCAUUGCAUUCAUGAGGAAUUAAGUUUCAUUCAGAAGGCUGGGUCCUAUCCGCUCCCUCCUUCAUAUCGUGAAUGAGAUGCAUUUUGUUUUCAGUUAAAAUGCUGCUAUGCUUGUGAGAACAGGUCCUGAUAAACAUUUUAUUUUCUUAACUUGAUAUCAUGAUGUUAUCGUAACCGUGAUAAAUGUUACUCACUUAUCGUGAUAUGACAAUGUAAUAUCGGCACACGCCUAUUUGUAAGCGGCGAAUAUAAUUAAUGAUCAUCGGAGUCCACGUGGCAAUGAUGAUGUGUGUAAAUGCAGAGAGUAUGACUGCCGUACUCUUUGGCUUAUCAGGUGACCGUAAUGAUUUUAUGCAUUUACACCACACAGUAAUGAACUCGCCUUCUUUAUGAUUUCUUUCAGUAUGUGUGUUUGGUAGUAGACGUUCAUAUUAAUGUUAAUGUGUUUUGAAGAAUGUAUGACUGUGCAGUUGUCAAAUGUAUCAGGUUAACAUUCACUUACUGGCCAAUUUAUUAGACACACCUACCUUAUUGGUGGCUGAUGCACCUGUACCAGUGCCACACAAACUACCAUGUCAGUGUCACUGCUGAACGGAGAAUGAACCAUCACCCAAAUAAUAUCUGUUUGGUAAUGAUCAUAUGAUAGUCCUUUUCCACUAAUGGACAGGGUAGAGGGGGCUAAGAUUGUACAGAGCGACAGAUGGGUUACAGUAUUUAUACACUUGUAAAGUGGCCAGUAUGGUUGGUGAAUCUGUUAAAAUGGUCAAUAAGUAGCUACCAUGUAAUAAACUGGCAACUCAAUGUAAUGGGAUCAAUACUUUUUUAUUAUUAAAGCAUCUUGGUAAAAGAA